ACCGCCCUGUCAGUGUGGAGAAGAAAGAGAGAGAGAGGCUGACUGAUAGAGAAAGCGCAGGCGAGAGUGAGAGAGAAAGAGAGAGAGAGAGAGAGAGAGAGAGAGCAACUGUGUGACAGAGGGAAAGAGAACGAGGCAGGCUGCUUAGAGGAGUGAGAGAGCCAAGGACAAAAUAAGGAACACAUUUUACAAGUGCAGGAAGAGGGAGGAUCGCAGACGAGGGACUCCUUCUCUACUCGGCACCUGGGACUCACUCACUGUGGUUUUUUCCCCCUACUCGUCUUCUAUCUGGAACCCAGAGGAUUGACUUACCAACCGGUGGAUUUUUUAAAAUACACAUCGUUUAGAAAACUGGGAUCAUUUCUCUGCCCUCUUGCUGGCUCCUUCGCUCCAGGCUGAGAUUGCUUUCUGUGCGUGCGCUCGGCUCUCGUGUUGUGAUUCUGCUCCCUGCAUAAAGUGCAUCUCGUCGGCAACCGGUGCUGAGGAUAUCUCCCCUCUGUCAAACAGGACAGCACGCAGCCACCAUCGGAUCAGACCACAGAGAAAGAGAGAGAGAUACUUUGUGUAUGUUAGAGGGACACAGAGAGAGAGAGGGGCAGUGAGAGAGAGGCAGAUUAAAGCCCAGGCAAAAGACUGGAGUGAAACAGCUCAAAUAGAGAAGUGAACCUAUACGUCCUUUCCCGUUUUCCUUGCCAUCCCUUUCCUCCUCCUCUCCUCCUCUUCUUCCUUCUCCCAUUUUCCAACAUUCACAGGACUGCCAGAGCUACUGCCACCUGCACCCCUUCUCUCCACUCCACUUCCUCACCCUUAUCGCGCGUUACCAUCCGAUACCAGCCACUGACAGACACAGCGCUCUUGGUUCUAGCACUUGUGGAAAUAUUUCCAUUGAUCGGGCAGUAAGAGACUGAGUGAGCAUCUCCCAGACACUGAGGCUCAGGACCGGUGAGGCACAGAGCUCCCCCCCCCAAUCAGAGGCAGACCCUCUCCCAGCUGCUGUCCGCCACGCAGACCCUGUCUUCUCCCCGGAGGACCGGCUAGCGACACAGAAAAGAAUCGCACUGCCCCUCCGCUGCCUCUAUCCCAUUGCUAGCUACUUGGCAGCUUCCGCCCCCGUGUCACCAUUCCCUGCCUCAGUGCUAAGGAUUCCAGCUACAUGGGCAAGCGAUUGGAGCAGCAGCCAAUGUACCCUCAGUACACCUACUACUAUCCCCACUAUCUCCAGACCAAGCAGCCCUAUGCUCCUCCCCCUCAUCCGAUGGCUCCUCCCAGCCCCAGCACCAACAGCUGCAGCCAGGGAGGGGCGGAGCAGCUGAGUAAGACCAAUCUGUACAUCCGAGGCCUGCCACCUGGGACCACCGACCAGGACCUCAUCAAACUCUGCCAACCGUAUGGAAAAAUAGUGUCAACCAAGGCCAUUCUGGACAAGAACACCAACCAGUGCAAAGGCUAUGGCUUUGUGGAUUUUGACAGCCCAGGUGCAGCACAGAAGGCCGUGUCAUCUCUCAAAGCCACCGGGGUGCAGGCCCAAAUGGCCAAGGCCCUGCAGCAACAGGAGCAGGACCCCACCAACCUGUACAUCUCCAACCUGCCGGUGUCUAUGGAUGAGCAGGAGCUGGAGAACAUGCUGAAGCCCCUGGGUCACGUCAUCUCCACGAGGAUACUGAGGGAUGCCAACGGGGUCAGCAGAGGAGUCGGCUUUGCCAGGAUGGAGUCCACAGAGAAAUGUGAGGUUGUGAUACAGCAUUUCAAUGGGAAAUACCUGAAAACCCCACCAGGCAUUCCAGCUCCCUUGGAGCCUUUGCUGUGCAAAUUUGCCGACGGAGGGCAGAAGAAACGCCAGAGCCAGAGCAAGUACCCUCAGAACGGGAGGCCGUGGCACAGAGAAGGCGAGACUGGCAUGGCGUUAACAUAUGAUCCCGCUGCAAUGCAGAAUGGGUUCUACUCCUCGCCUUACAGCAUCGCCACCAACCGCAUGAUUGCACAGACCUCCAUCACGCCCUUCAUUGCUGCUUCCCCUGUUUCCACAUAUCAGGUCCAGAGUACGUCAUGGAUGCCUCAUCAACAAUAUGUUAUGCAACCUACAGGUGCAGUGAUCACGCCAGGCAUGGACCACACUAUGUCCAUGCAGCCUGCCAGCAUGAUGGGCCCUCUCGCCCAGCAGAUGAACCAUCUGUCCCUGGGCACUACAGGAAGUUACAUGACUGCUGCAGCUGCCGCGGCGCCUAUGCAAGGGACCUACAUUCCCCAGUACACUCCUGUGCCUCCAACAGCGCUCCCUGUCGAAGGAGUGGUGACAGACGCCUCCCCCCAGACAGUGGCUCCCUCGUCACAGGAGGUGGCUGGACAGCAGCAACAGAUCCAAGUGGACAGUUCUGCCGACCAUGUUCCUGCUUACUCAUACCAGUCCAAAUAGCAUCGGCCUGAGCGAAUGUUCCUGUGACAGCGUUGCCUUGAGACAGAAGGUGGCUGCACUGUGAAUGUGAGGAAAAGAGAAAAGAAAGAGAUUACUUCCAGAUUGCCCAGCCACCAAAAAAGAGACACUUUUUUCAUUUCCUACCUGGCCUACGUGAAAAAAAGAGAGGGGAAAAAAUGCAAGAAGGAGGCAAAGAGUGCUGAGGAAGGGGAUGGGGGAAUUGCUGGGCACAGUGCAAAGAAGUGAAAUUGUUUAGUCUGGGAACCUGCCAGAAGGGCUGGGCUGAAGCUUGAAAAGUUUCUCAAAGAAAAUUCUCAACCAAUUAAAAAAAAAUGGGAAAAAAAACAAGGAAAUAGAAAAUGACAAAAAAAGGUUGAAUGCGCAGGUAGGUGAUGAAGUUUAUUUUGUAAUUAGAAAAGGGGAGUCAAGUUUGAAAUACACACAGAGAUUGUCUUCCUCAGAUAUUAAGCUACAAUUUCUUUUCACUCUUUUUUAUGUUCUAGUGUUAAAUUUUAGUUUUCUAGAUAUAUUCAGAAACAAAGUGUUUUUUCUUUCUUGAAUCUUCAUGGCCUUAAUUUGAAGGGCGGCAGAAACUUUUUACAGAGUUAAAGUCUGACGUCUGUUUAGAAGGGGAAAAAAAGCAAACAAAGUCAGUUUCUUGCACCACUCGGAGGGUACAAGACACUGGAUACGUUGUUCUAAAGAGGAAAAAAGAAUCUAUCACAUAAGCUGUACAGAUUUAAUAGAGAAGAGCUUUUUUUUUUUCCUUCAUUAGAAGAAAACUUU